AUGGCCACCAACCCACCCAACAUGAAGACAACAGUCCUCCUCACAACCCUCACCCUCGCCACCCUCGGCAGCAGCACCGCCCUCAAACCCCCCCGCUCAACAUUCACCUGGACCUCCUGGGUCGACAGCCUGAUCGCCGACCCAGCGCAUGCCAUGAGCCCCGAGGAAGCGAUUGCCGCCUUCAACGCCGCAAACCCCAAUCUCAAUCCCGACCUCUCCACCAACGAUGCUACUUUGGACAAGCGCCAAGCCUUCGGCAACUGCCAACAACUCUCCUCCCGACCCCCUUCUGUGCCCGACGCCGUGGCUUGUAUUAAUGAUCUAGCAGGCAGGGGCAAUGCGGGGCAGGAGUGUAGCGUUGAUGGGUUUACCGCUCGCGUGCAGUGUAGAUUGGGUAGUGCGGAUGUGGUUAGUGUUAGGGGGAGGGAUGAUGCUCCUAAGAGUGUGAAUUGGUGA